AACUUACCAACUAAACUAGUAUUCUCUUGCUAAUUGACAUCCACUCCAAAUCUCGUACUAAGUACACUAUUUGUAACAAUGAAAGCCCAAUCUUUUCAAAGAACGAAAAAGUUUUGUACGAUUACUCGUUUUUGUUUUGUUUUUGUCUAUAGUGGGUUUUUUCAUGUGCCCCCCCUUUUGUUGGUUCAGUUUAUCUUCCCUUUUUGACAAAUUCAACCAUAUUCUUGUCUCUGCGUUUUGGGGAUUUUCCAUUCUUGUGCAGAUCUCACGUUAAAUGAAACUCAAAGGUUAGAUUCAAUCCUUCCGAGUAAAAAGAUUUUUUUUAUUUUUUAUUUUGCACAACAACUGUUUGUUGAAAUUACUCUUAGAAUACUGGGUAUUGUUAAAGACUUAAAGAUGUAAUUUUUAUUUUUAUUUUUAUUGAUGUUGAUGUGAAAUGUGUUGGUGGCUAUUCGAUUAACGCUGUUUUUGCUGGUAAUUUGAAUAGCAAGGUUCGUUUUGGCAACUGGGUAAUUCUUGUUUGGGUAUAUCGUUUUGUUAGUGUACUGGAUUUUGAGGUAUGAGCAGGCCUGUAAGCUGAUUAGUUGUUGUUGUUCUGGUCUGUUAUCGAGCAAUUGUUCUUGCAUACUGUAAAGAAGAGCUUGCUCCAAUUGGUUCACUUUUCUACCUUCUGGAUUUGGGUAGAAGAGCCCUUAGCAUUGGCAAUUGAACUACAUUAGGGGUUAAUUUUGUCAAGAAUGGAAGCUGAGAUUGGAGGAAAAGCUAAUAUUUUUGGUGUGGUGGUGGCUGACCAGAAGACGGUAGGAAAAAGGACUUUAGAAUGGGAUUUGAAUGAUUGGAAAUGGGAUGGUGAUCUUUUUACUGCCAGUCCAUUGAAUUCUACACCUUUAGAUUGUAGAAGUAAGCAGCUUUUUCCUCUUGGACCAGAACUUGUGGCUAACACCAAUGUCUGUUCUAAAGAAAUUAAUAAAACUAAUGAGAAAGGGAAAAGGGAAAUGGAGAAGAGAAGGAGGGGUGUGGUUGUUCCCGAGGAGGAGUUGAAUGAUGAAGCUAGACCACUCAAUUUGAAGUUGGGUGAACAGGUUUAUCCUAUAGCGGAAGGUGAAGCUGAUAAAUUGGAAGGGAAGACCGUGAAGAAGAGUAAGCCUACCGGAACUGGAUCUUCCCAACCUGCCUGUCAGGUUGAAGGUUGUAGUGCUGAUCUUAGUACUGCGAAGGAUUACCAUAGACGUCAUAAAGUUUGUGAAGUGCACUCCAAGGCUACUGAAGCUUUGGUAGGAAAUGUCGUGCAACGGUUCUGUCAGCAGUGUAGCAGGUUCCAUUCGCUGCAAGAAUUUGAUGAAGGGAAGAGAAGCUGUCGUAGGCGUUUAGCUGGCCAUAACAAGAGGAGAAGAAAAACACUUUCUGAAACUUCACCUAAUGUUGGCUCCUUGGCUGAUGAAAAGAGUGCGGGGUACCUACUAGUUAGUCUGCUGAGAAUAUUGUCCAAUUCCCACACACAUGCAUCUGACGAGUCAAAAAAUCAGGAUCUGAUUUAUCAUCUUGUGAGAAAUCUUGCUAGUCAAGUUAGUGGAAGCAACAUGCCUGAGCUACAGCAAGGAUCCCAGAGUUUACUAAAUGGAGGAAUAUCUGUUGGAAUUCCACAAAAGAACCCUUCCAGUAUGCAAGAACCAUGUUUGGCUGUACCUUCAGCAGCAGCACAUAUAGGAUUAUUGACGAGAGAGAAUCGGCAUGUGACAGAACACACUCAAUAUGCUUCACUACCAGGCAUUUUACAUCAAGCUGGUGGUUCAGUACCUUCAAAAGGAAAUGAGCCAGAGGCUUACCUCAAGAGACAUGGGCUCAGUGGCAUUGACUUGAAUAAUGUUUAUGAUGACUCGCAAGAGCGUAUAGAUAUUCCGGAAAAGGGACAUGGUCCUGUUGCUUGUGCAUUUAGGCCAGAACGUUUACAGAAAUCAAGUCCACCUCAAACAAGUAGAAACUCAGAUUCAACUUCUGGUCAUUCUAGUUCUAGUGGCAGUGAAAUACAGGGCCGUACUGAUCGGAUUGUUUUCAAGCUGUUUGGUAAGGAUCCAAAUGACUUGCCUCAUCAAUUGCGAACACAGAUUCUUGAUUGGUUGUCUCACAGUCCUACUGACAUUGAAGGAUACAUCAGGCCUGGCUGUAUUGUUUUGACCAUAUAUCUUCGUUUGAAUAAGUCUUCGUGGGAGGAGCUCUGCUAUGACAUGAGCUCCAGCUUGAGUAGGCUCCUGAGUCUGUCUGAUCAUCCAUUUUGGAAGACAGGAUGGAUCUAUACCAGAGUUCAGCAACGUGCAGCAUUUAUUUGUGAUGGCCGGGUUGUUCUAGAUACACCUCUACCUUUCAAAAGCCGACGGAGUCGAAUCUCAAGCAUCAGUCCCAUUGCGGUUCCUGCUGAUGAGACAGUUCAGAUAGUUGUUAAGGGUUGUAAUCUGUCUGGACCAACUUCUAGGUUACUCUGUGCUAUAGAAGGGAAGUAUUUGGUCCAGGAGAGUUGUUAUAGCUUGGAGGGUAUUUCUACUAACACAGCUGCUGAGCAGGAUGAGAUCCAGUCUCUCAGUUUUCAUUGUUCUAUACCAAACGUUGUUGGAAGAGGAUUUAUUGAGGUGGAAGAUUAUGGGCUCAGUGGUUGCUUCUUCCCAAUUAUAGUUGCAGAGCCUGAAAUUUGUUCAGAGAUUUGCAUGCUGGAAAGCGUAAUGGAGGCGGUUGGUACAGAUGAGGAUAUUAAUAGAAAAUGUGGCACGACAGAUGGAAGGAAUGACGCCUUAGACUUUAUACAUGAGAUGGGCUGGCUGCUUCAUCGGAAUCACUUGAGCAUAAAGGCAGGUCAAACUGAUCUCCCCUUGGAUCUAUUCCCUUUUGUAAGAUUAAAGCGGCUGAUUGAGUUUUCAAUGGACCAUGAUUGGUGUGCUGUUCUGAGAAAACUUCUGGACUUGAUGUUCAGUGGAACUGUAGAUACUGGAAAUCAUGCUUCAGUUGAACAUGCAUUGUCAGAGAUGCCCCUCCUCCACACUGCCGUCCAAAGAAAUAGCAGGCCAAUGGUGGAUUUUUUGUUAAGAUACAUGCCCAACAAGGUUAAAGGUACAAUAGGCUUUGAACAGAAGCAGUCAGAUUAUGGAACACCCAGCACCUACUUAUUUAGACCUGAUGUCACUGGUUCAAACGGGUUGACCCCUCUGCAUAUAGCUGCUAGUUGUGCUGGUUUCGAGAAUAUGUUGGAUGCCUUGCUUGAAGAUCCUGGAAUGAUUGGUAUUGGAGCUUGGGAAAAUGCCAGAGACAGCACAGGGUUGACCCCAAAAGACUAUGCUCGCCUGAGAGGUCAUAACCAUUACAUGGAUUUGUUCCAGAGGAAACUUAACAAAACUUCAUCUGGCAAACAUGUAGUGGUGGAUAUCGUUGGACUCACAAACAUAGAAUCGAAGCAAAAGCAAUCAGAUAAAGUAAAAUCUGCAAAGUUGAAUAGCUUGUACACGGAGAUGUGGCAAGUCCGUCAGAAGUGCAAACUGUGCGAGCAGAAACCAAAUUAUGGAUCAAGAGGAACAUCAUUAGCAUUUAGACCAGCAGUGAUGUCGCUUGUUGCCAUUGCUGUUGUAUGUGUUUGUACAGCUCUGUUUUUCAAGAGCAUGCCUCAAGUUUGUUGUGUGUUCGGGCCAUUCAGAUGGGAGGCACUGAAAUAUGGAGCAAUGUAGGUAACAUUUUAAUGUAUAGUGGUUGAGGUUUGGGAUAUUGUUUGAGGGUGGCCCGGUCGUUCACCCGUUCGUUCUAAAGAAGAGAGUGUAGCUAACUUAUUAGUUUGUUGAGAAAAUUACACUCCUUGUAUAUGUAAGCCUAUCUUUCUCCCUGUAUUUAUAAAGCAAAGAUAGAAUUCGAAUAUGAAUGUCUAAUUUGCAUAAA